AUGCUCGUAAUCGCGAAAUCUUCGUCUCGUCAGUUUAUUUAUCCGUCCUUUGUCGACUCACACGUUAGUUUGUCAGUAUUGGCAAACGUUAUUCUGUUAAUGUUUAAUCAAGCUAACAACGGACAUGAUUCUGACGAUUCGUCAAGUGGAUACGGAUCAGAUAGUGAACAAAAUUUACCAGUACCGUAUGUUGAACCAGCUAUUGAAUUGUCGCAAAUGGCUGUUGACGAACCUUCUGAUAAUUCACAAGGUAUAGCGAAUGAAAUAAUAAACUCGAAUAUUUUACUUGAUGAAACUCGUCAUCUGGAACAAAGAACGACAACUUCAUUAUGGACUUUGUAUGCCUUGUUUCAUAUUGUCUUUCGUCAGUUGUCACAUUUGUUAUUGUUCGCCCUUACGCGAGUUCCUGUUUAUAUGAUUUUAUUCGUCACGCGACAAAUGCCUCCUGCCAUGAACUUCGAUCGAGAUGCACAAGCGGAGAAUCGCGUUGCACAUCCAACGGACGACGAUUGGCAAUUCUCUGCCACUAUCUCACAACCGGCAAAUGAAGGCAAUAACGAGAAUAACGCGAACGUUCUGAUACCCGUUCAAGAUGGAACAAAUCAUCUUGGAACUACGAAUGAAUAUUCGGUGCCUGAACCCGCAGAUGAUAAUUCGACUUGCAAUAUCAACCCUAUCAAUGCGGUUCAGUCUCAUGAUGGUACUGAUGUAAACGAAUAUAACGAUGAACAUACCUCUGUUGGCGAUCAAAACGGUUCUAUUGACAACGGUGAAACCGAUUCAUCUAAUGGAUCAGCAGUUAACAAUUCUUUUCCAGUUGUUCGGAAUAGUGAUGCUACUUCAGAUCAAAUUCAUUCUGUAGCAGACCGACUCGAAGAUGAUGGCGUUCCACCUAAAGAUGUCAGAGACAUCGCAAAUAAUAUUGAUCCUCCGAUCGGAGGAACAGAACAAUUGGUUGCAGAUAAGCCAUUGGUACUCGCGGAAUCCAAAUCAUUCAAAUAUACGGAUUCUACGGAUGCUGUUAGCGAUGAAACUCUCGCUUGA